GAGGAGGAAAAGGAGGCACGGCCAGGGAGAAGAGGAGAAAAAGAGAUCAAAAGAAGCAGUUGACGGGGAAGGGUGGGGGUUCAUUUCUGAUUUCUCUCGGAUGGGAUUCUUCUCUCACCCCGCGAAUGGAGGGAUGAAACCGGGAGAAAAAGACGGGGAGAGAGAGAAAGAGAGAGGAGGACGAAGAGGAGGAUGUAGUCGUCGGGAGCUGUGAGAAUGCAAAACGGACGCACCCCUCUGGAAGAGAGGAUUGAACUAUAAACCCGUACGGAAUUUACAGCCACCUAAAGGAUAUUACACAUACUUACCUCGCUAUAGACGUUUAUGGGGCAUAUUUUCUUACCUGGAACCUAUUUGUGUGGAGUUACAACAGUAAUCACCACUAUUAUUCCAAUUAUGGGAUAUGGCCAGAUAAUUGCGCCCUGACACCGAACCGAAGGGUCGAAACAUUCAGAAAGAGUGAGUGAAAACAACGAGAAGAUUUUGGACCUUUACCCUCAUCCAUGAUGUUAUAGCUGUGUGGUAACAUGUGAAUCCUGAAGCAGAGUGUAGUUCACUUUUACAUCUCUGAAGGUGUUGUGUCCAGGUGGGGUGGUAACCAUGGAGAGGCUAUUGCUGUGUGUGAUGCUGGCAGUUGCCAUGGCAGUGCGGGCACAGAUCUGCCCGAAGCGCUGCGUGUGUCAGAUCCUGUCACCCAACCUGGCAACCCUCUGUGCCAAGAAAGGUCUACUGUUUGUACCACCGAACAUUGACAGGCAUACAGUGGAGCUCCGGCUGGCUGACAACUUUGUCACAAGUGUGAAGAGGAAAGAUUUUGCAAACAUGACACGGUUGGUGGACCUAACAUUAUCCAGAAACACCAUCUCCUACAUCACACCUUAUGCCUUUGCCGAUCUGGAAAACCUCAGAGCUUUACACCUCAACAGUAAUCGACUGACGAGGAUAGGCAAUGAUACGUUCAGUGGCAUGUCAAAGCUCCACCACCUCAUUCUGAACAACAACCAGCUGGUGAUGAUCCACCAGGGAGCAUUCAAUGACCUCCUGGCACUGGAAGAACUGGACCUCAGUUACAAUAACCUGGACUCAAUUCCUUGGGAGGCCAUCCAGAAAAUGACCAGCCUCCAUACUUUGAGUUUAGACCACAACAUGCUGGACUUCAUUCCAGAAGGGACAUUUUCUCUGCUUCAGAAGCUCAACCGGCUGGACGUCACCUCAAAUAAACUCCAAAAACUGCCACCAGACCCACUCUUUCAACGAGCACAGGUCCUGGCCACAUCUGGAGUCCUGAACCCCUCUUCUUUUGCAUUGUCAUUUGGUGGAAACCCUCUGCACUGUAACUGUGAGUUACUGUGGCUGCGAAGGCUGAACAGAGAGGACGACUUGGAGACGUGCGCUUCACCCCAACACCUCUCUGGCCGAUACUUCUGGUCCAUUCCUGAGGAGGAGUUCCUCUGUGAACCUCCACUCAUCACCAGAUAUUCCCAUGAGAUGAGGGUGCUUGAAGGGCAGAGAGUUGCGCUCAGGUGUAAGGCAAGAGGUGACCCCGAGCCAGCCAUUCACUGGAUCUCUCCUGAGGGCAAACUGGUGUCUAACUCCUCCAGAACACUGGUCUACAGUAAUGGGACUUUAGACAUCCUCAUCAGUACUGUGAAAGACACUGGCUCCUUCACGUGCAUCUCCUCCAAUCCUGCUGGUGAAGCACACCAGACAGUAGACCUGGUUAUUAUAAAACUCCCCCACAUCUCCAACAACACCAACAACAUUCAGGAGCCUGAUCCUGGAUCAUCAGACAUUUCCACAUCUACCCGGGGUGGAGCCAAUGGGAGCAAUGUGACGGCUGACGCGAAGGGCGGGGUGGAUAGGAGGGUGGUGACGGCUGAGGCCACGUCAUCAACAGCACUGAUCAAGUUCAACUUCCAGAGGAAUAUUCCAGGCAUUAGGAUGUUUCAGAUACAGUACAAUGGGAGCCAGGAUGACUCACUGGUUUACAGAAUGAUCCCCCCAUCCAGCAAGAACUUCCUGGUCAACAACCUGGCAGCAGGGACCCAGUACGACCUCUGCGUACUGGCCAUCUAUGAUGAUGUCAUCACCUCUUUGACAGCAACACGUGUGGUCGGCUGUGUGCAGUUCACCACCGAGUCAGAGUACAUGAGGUGUCAUUUUAUGCAGUCUCAGUUCCUCGGCGGGACUAUGAUCAUCAUCAUCGGAGGGAUAAUAGUGGCCUCCGUGCUCGUCUUCAUCAUUAUCCUGAUGAUACGGUACAAGGUGUGUAACCCUGGUGAGGGUGCUAAAGGCGUUUCAAUGUCGAUGACCAACGUUCACUCACAGACCAAUGGGCAGCAGUCACAGGGAUGCACUGUGACUCCCAGCGCCUCUAAACAUGGCUCAAUCGGAUUAGAUGACCUCUCAGGAAGCUCAAAGAAAAGGAGCGGAGCAGGAGGAGGAGGAGGGGGCAAGGAUACGAUGACUCAGUCAUCCGAUUCUUCCCUGCCUGACUGCUCCACAGCUACGUCAGUCCUUAGCCAGCCUUGGGCAGCCAGGAGCCCGACAGCUGGAGCCGAAGAACGAGAGAAGGUGGGUGAAAACAGAGCUCAAGCUGGCGUCUCGUCGCCCACCACCGGUUCACUAACCAAGCCAAAGCGUAAGCCCGCUCCAAGUAAACCAGGCUCUGCUUGCUCCAACACCUCUGCUACUCCCGAAAAUCCACCCACAUCCUCCCAUCGCCCUCCUUCCUCCUCUUCCUCCGCAGCCUCCUCUGCUCUCCUCCCCUCCUCCACCCCACUGGAGAACCUAAACACCAACCGCAACAACUCCACUUCUCUCAACCAAACCCCACCGCCCUUCACUCCUUCUCCUUUCUCCAGCCCUCUUGCCACGCUGAGCCCCGUUCCCUCCAUCCGAUUUAGAGAGACGCCCAUCUUGCGCAGGGCUCCUCGCACCUCCGCCAAGUACCAAACUCUCCCUGUGGAGGAGGCAGGAAGAAGCAGGGCGAGGAGGAGGUACUCGCUCAGUGAAGGAGGAGGCUCAAAGACUCACUCGUCCCUUCAGGGAGGAGGAGGAGCGCCCAAAUUAGGGCGUAUAAUGCGGAACAAAAGGAGCCAAUCAAUGAGCGGGAUGCUUCUCUCGAAAGACGGGGACGGAGACUCGGACAAAGGGCGGUGUGAUUCAGACUGGAUCUUAGAAAGCACGGUUUGACCUGGGACGAGACAGCAACCAUCAAAUAAACUUUGGUUUAUUCAUUAUUGUUUUUCAUAUGUGUGUGUGUGUCCGUGUGUUAGUUUGAAUGUGUGUGAGUGUAGGGUAACAAACAAAGGUGUGUUUGUGACAUGAAUCAGUGUGCAGUGUGUGUUUUUGGUGUGUAUGUGUGUUCACGUUGGAACCGUUGUUUAUAGACGUGCGAGUUGAUGUGUGUUUCUGGAUGAACGUGUGAGCAUACUUUUUCCUUUUUCAGCCUGUUGCUUUUUUAUUAUUGUUUUCAUAUUUCACAUAUUCUUUGUAUUCAGUUUACAGGUUUGUUUUUUUUUUCACUUUGACAGUUUUCCUAUCUGUUUUUCAGUCGGUCAUUCAGCGAGUGGAUAACUCGCCACGUCUCGUAGCGUCCUCGAAUUGUCUCAUUGGUACCACUUUAUAGCACAAAAGAAUACAAGACAAUGGGCUCGCCACGUCAUUUCCCGAUUCACACUCACCUUAUGUGAAAAUACCACGAAAAGGGAAUUAUUACAGGAAAAAAAAAGAGGAACAACAACAACAAAAAAAAAAAAAACGAUACAAGAACUGAAAAGCACACCGUUUUUACACACCCACAGGAAGUGUGUGUCCAUACCGUGGCAAGAGAAUAGCAGUCAGUGCCUUCUUUUGCACUAACAGACCCUCUGACAGAUGUAAGAACCUGGAUUUAGGACUCCACCAUGCUUCAGAACCGAGGGAUUGGGAUGGAGGGGACGAAUAAAGGAAGAGAGAGAGAGAUUUCACACAUAGCCUUUCUUACCUACCGAGGAGUACAAACAUUUCUUGACAUGUAGACAGACACAAACAAAACAACAAGUAACAAACAGACGAAGACUUUGACGUACCUCUUAUGAAAUUGAUAUUUUUUAAAGGGAAGGAUAUAAAAAAAGAACAUAAAAAAAUCCUUGUGAGCAUUUCACCCAGCAUUGGUAUUACUACAACCUGUGUUGGUCACAAGCUCUCGGAAAGCUUCUGUACAGAAAAAGACAACAUGUACUGUGUUGUUAUGUUGUGUAAAAUAAAAA